AUGGUUUUGUCACAGAAGCAAGGCCGUCGCGAGACGCUCACAGUCGUCGACAACAGAACAAACCAGAGCUACGAGAUCCCCAUCACCCAUAACUCCAUUCCAGCAACAGAAUUCAAAAAGAUCAAGGCUGAGGCUGGAAAUGAUCGUCCAGAGGAUGAGACGAACCAGGGUCUCAGAGUUUAUGAUCCCGCCUACAUGAACACUGCCGUCGUGCAGAGUAAAAUCACAUACAUCAACGGCUUGGAUGGCGUUCUUCGCUACCGCGGAUACCCCAUCGAGCAGUUGGUGGAAAAGAGCGAUUUCCUCGAGUCUGCCUAUCUCCUCAUCUACGGAGAGCUUCCCACAAAAUCAGAGUAUGACGUGUGGCACGGCGAGGUGAUGCAUCACACAUACAUUCACAGCGACAUUGAGAACAUGUUCAAGUCGUUCCGCUAUGAUUCUCACCCCAUGUCCAUGCUGACUGCCGCCUUUGCUACCCUGGGAGCGUUUGCCCCGGAAGCCAACCCUUCUCUCGCUGGCCAGAAGCUCUACACCAACGCGGCAUCAGGCAACUUGGAAGCCCUUCAGAUGCUGGACAAGCAGAUUCUCCGUAUCCUUGGAAAGGCGCCCACUCUCGCUGCGGCCUCAUACAGAAUGCGCCAAGGCCGACCUUUCAACCGACCAGCACAGGAUUUGGGAUACACUGGAAAUUUCCUAUACCUCCUGGACCAUCUCUCCGAGACCGACUACAAGCCGCAUCCCGUUCUUGCCAGGGCUCUGGACAAGCUUUUCAUCAUCCACGCUGAUCACGAAGUCAACUGUUCCACCGCCACAGUCAUGCAAGUUGGAAGUUCCUUGGUGGACCCUUACAGCGUCGUCGCUGCAGGAUGCGCAGCACUCUACGGCCCAUCCCACGGAGGCGCUUCCGAAUCAGCGAUCCGCAUGCUGAUCGAGAUCGGAUCCCCCGAGAACGUCCCAGCAUUUAUGCAGGCAGUCGAGAAGAGGGAGCGCGUUCUUGUCGGAUUCGGUCACCGCGUCUACAAGAACGUCGAUCCUCGUUCUACUGCCAUCCGCAAGCUCGCCGAGGAAGUCUUCGAGGUCACCGGUAGAAACAAGCUCUUGGACACCGCUCUCACACUUGCCGACUAUGCCCGAAAGAGCGAAUUCAUGCGCAGCAGGAACCUAUACCCCAAUGUCGACUUUUACUCUGGUCUGAUCUACCAGGCCAUGGGUUUCCCUCUUGACUUUUACCCUGUCUUGUUCGCUGUCCCACGAUGCGUUGGAUGGCUGGCGCACUGGAGACAGAUGAUGUUGAACUCUUCUGGUGUCAAGAUCUGGAGACCUCGACAGCUGUACAUUGGAGAGGGUGAGAGAGAGUAUGUUGAGGCUAAGGACAGAAAGGCCAAGGCUGAUGCUACGGUCUUUGAUGCCCCUGUCAAGGUUGGACACGGUGGAAACAGUCAGCGCACUCUACUUGCUACCUCCAGCAAGGAGUUGAAGAGUAAAUUGUAA